AUGAGUGAGCCUCCGCAGGCGACCUUACAUACUUUGAUCAAUGCAGAUGGCUCAGUGACAUACAGCGCGCCAAAUCAUGGCUACCAAAUCGCCGCUGGCGUCAAUUAUCCAGUAGAAGUACCUUAUCGCAGUGAUGAGAUCCCUGAGUCGACGUUCAUCGAGGUCAAUCUCAGACCGCACGAUGGCGUGGGUAUGGUCAAAGAGCGGCACGUCGAAGAACUCAUCAAACGAACCCUUCAGACUAUUGUCCUCGGGGAAGAGACGCCUAGAACCAUGCUCCAAGUCACUCUUCAAGUGGUGAGUGUCGAGACUGACGGGAGCCUGCCUGGUGGAGCCAAGAGCGGUGGUCAAGCUGAGACUUAUCUUGACAUUCUCGCUUCAGCAAUCAAUGCCAGUGUUCUCGGUUGUCUGGAUGCGGGCGUGCAAAUGAAAGCGGUAGCAGGGGCAACUCUCAUUGGAAUCGGCCCAGACGAGGAAGUGAUUGUCGAACCGGGGGUCUUGCAACGAAAGAAGUGUUCCAGUCUUCAUGUCUUUGGAUUCACCAGUAAUGGCAAGACCGUGUUGAUGGAGAGUGAAGGGAAAUCCACCAUUUCAAGUUGGAAACAAGCCGAACAGGCUGCCAGGUCAGCUAUUCUGGGUCACAUCGACUACAGCACCAAUGUAAGCGAUGUCAACAAACAAAACGGCGAUGUUGCCAUGAAUGGAACUAGUACGAAGGGGAACACAGCUAGCAACUCGGUUAUCUGUGUGCUGGACGUGAUGAGAAAGGCUAUGGAAGCCCGGGUGAUUAAGGAUGAAAGCUGGCGACAGGACUGA